AUGCCAAUCCGGCCGACGGCGCCGCUGCGCCCGCCGGCGGCCCACCCCUGGGUGCUGCUGCUCUUGCUGCUGCUGGCAGCGGCCGCGCGCGCCUCUGACCAGUCGCACGCCGCCCUGACCGCCGUCGAGCCGGCCGUUUACGCCACCUUGCGCGAAUGCCUGCAAAAUUCGGGCGUCGAGUUCGUCACGCCGGCUGACAAGGGAUACCUCGCGGCGCGCCAGAGCGAAGCUGAGAUUAUGGCGAUCGUGGAGUGCGCGGCACAGCACGGCGUCAGGGUGCACUCCCGCUGCGGCGGCCACGGCAACCAGGGCGAGACCGUCGCCACCGGUGACGUCACCGUCGACCUCAACAAGCACAUGCGCGGCGUGAAGCUCUCGCCGGAUAAGAAGACGGUCGUGGUCAAGGCGGGCGCACGCAUCGGACAGCUGCUGGCUGACCUCUUCGAGCAGAGCAACGGCACCCGCGGCUUCCCCGGCGGCCAGAGGCCCGACGUCGGCGUCGCUGGCUACAGCCUGGGCGGCGGCUUCGGCGGUGCCACGCGGUUUGCGGGGCUGGCAUCCGACAACAUCAUCGCCAUCAGGGCGGUUGUGUACCGCAACUUCACAGCCCAGGUGCGAUGA